AUGGCCGACAGCGAGAGGGAAGAAGAGCAGUCGGACAGAGCAGCCUGGAGCCUCUCUCUGCAGCCAGCAGCAGCAAGGGUGAGGGCGAAGGGCGAGCAGGCGGGAGAGAGUGAGAAGCAGGACGGAGAUGCGUUGUACCGUCUACCGCGCUGUGAUAUGGGAGCGGCCACCAGGCCCAAGGUCGAGGGGACUUCAGCCAAACGCACCGCCAGCCAUGGUCUGACCAGUGACGUCGUCAAGGGCGCCUUUGGCUUUUGCUCUUUUUCUUACUGCCAGCCCAUCAUCCACCACCGAGCCAAUGGCGGACAGGCCAACUGCACUUACACUGGGCCGGGGAGGGGCCUCGCUGGCGGUGUACUUAGUUACUUUGUUGCGCCGGGGGUUGCUCUGCUUGGGCGACACAAGACAGGCGCCUGGUGGCACAUAAGCCUGCUGCAGAAGAACCUGCCGAGUUCUCGAAGUAUUCGGUACAUGUCGCCAGUUAGUUAUGCGACCUAGACACACUUAACUACGGCUAGGGAUCCAGACAGAACGGCCGGCCACUGACUUCGCCCUUCCGGCGAACUGCCUAGUCUAUCGUCUGAAGUGCUGCCCUCUCCAUACUACGGAGUGACUUGCAAGAUGGUUACUGGCAUCCGUAGGCGGACCACCCAGCAUCUUCUCCGGCAGUCUCACGAAGCUUUCUUCUUUUCUUUUUCACCUUGCAGCAGCAG